AUGUCGGGUGAGAGGCAGAUGAGCACGCCUGCGUGGCUCAUGGACUUCACAUCCAACGCAGCGGAAACGUUUGUAACGGCGUACUAUGCUGCGUCCGACUCGCCCCAGCGUGCACAGCUUCUGCCAUCACUGUACCUCCCCAACUCGUCCAUUUCAUGGAAUGGCAACCCCAUUAGCGGCACUGCGCAUUAUGCACAGUGGCUCGAUGCCCAGCCUGGCUCACAACAUGAAAUUCAAUCGUUUGAUUGUCACCCACUUGGGCCCUACAAUGCCCAUGAACAAAACGAGGCGCCUUCCCUCUUGCUUACCGUGUCGGGCACCGUAGCGCACUAUACGCCCGAAUCCCUGCUCACCAAGCCAGGGAAUGCGCCCAAAUCCGCCUCGGCUACAGGCUCGUCCAAGAAAAAGUUUGAUGCGGAUGCCCCGCUGGAAUCCCAUCCUCGUGUUUUUUCGCAGACCUUUGUCUUGAUCAACGGCGCUGGCACCAAUACAGAGGGCGGUGUGCCGUUCGUAUGGACGCCACCCAAGUCGACGAAAAACAAGAACCAACCGCAAACGGAUGCGCGCACGGUCGCCAAGUACUUUGUGCAGGCGGACAGCUUCCGUUUCGUUGGUUGA